UGGCAUCAAGAAUGCACAGGGACAAGGGAUUUCAAAUAAAAACUUACAACCCUGAGCAUAGUUGUAAAAAUUGGUAUCAUCGUAAUAAGACGAUCACAUCUUCUUUUAUUGCAAGGAGAUAUCUGGAUACCAUCAGUUCAAACAGGGAUCUGAAAGUUUCUAAAUUCAGAGAUACAAUUAGUCGGCAACUUAAAGCUCAUAUUAGUUUACCUCAAGCUAGAAGGGCUAAAAGAAAGGCCAUCGCGUUGCUUGAUGGUGAUAUUAAAGAUCAAUUUGCUAUGUUGUGGGACUACAUCGAUGAGCUUGAAAGGACAAAUCCAGGUAGUUCGAUUCAUGUGAAAUUAACAGAAAAUGAAAUAGCUAACAAGCCAUAUAUAUUUCAGAGAAUUUAUAUAUGCUUUGCUGCUUGUAAGGAAGGCUUCAAGGCCGGUUGUAGAAAGAUAGUUGGUGUAGAUGGUUGUUGGUUAAAGGGCCCGAUGUAUGGAACUCAAUUGUUAACAGCAGUUGGGCUUGAUGCUAAUAAUAACAUAUUCCCAAUCGCAUAUGCAGUUGUUGAAAAGGAAACACGGGAUACGUGGUCAUGGUUUUUGAACUACUUGUCUAUUGAUUUGGAUAUUGAUGAUCAUGGUGGUUGGACUUUCAUGUCAGAUAAGCAAAAAGGUCUUCUUGAAGCAUUUAACGAUGUGUUGCCAUUCGUCAGUCAUAGAUUCUGCGUGAGACACCUCUAUGGCAAUUUUAGGAGGGCUUGCUUUAGUGGUUUCUCCUUAAGGAAUGCACUUUGGGCUGCUGCAAAGUCUACGACGGUGAAGUUCUUUCAUGAUCGCAUGUCUGACCUUUUAAAUUUAGAUGCAGAUGUUGUUUCUUGGUUAAAUGACAAACCACCAAGUGAAUGGUCUAGAUCUCACUUCAAUCCAAAUGCUAAGUGUGAUAUCUUGUUGAAUAACAUGUGUGAAUCCUUUAAUAGCAUGAUACUUGAGGCCCGAGACAAGCCCAUUAUAACAUUGUUAGAGAAAUUAAGAUACAUAUUGAUGGCUCGGAUACAAGCUAACAGGGAUAAAGGAGAAAAAUGGAAUUUGGGUGAUGUUUGCCCUAGAAUCAAGGAUAUUUUACACAAAAAUGAGGCGGCAGCAGCUGCGUUUAUUCCUCAAAGAUCAAAUAAGUGGAAUUAUGAAAUCCUUGGAGAGAGCAUGGAUGAUAAUUGGGCAGUGGACCUACAUAACAAAACAUGUAGUUGUAGGAAGUGGACGAUAACAGGAUAUCCUUGCAAGCAUGCCAUUUCAGCAAUUUGGGCUAAAAAUGAUGAGGUAAUUAAAUACGUCGAUGACUACUACAUGGUGGAAACAUAUAGGAGAAUUUAUGAAUAUGCUAUUCUUCCAAUUAAUGGGUCACAGUUGUGGCCUAAAUCUUGUAAGAUUCCUCCUUUGCCUCCAAAGAAUGUGAAACAGAAGAGAGGAAGAAAGCAAAAAUUGAGGAAAAAGGUAUUUGGUGAAGCUGGAGCGAGCAGAACAAGGAUGAAGAGGAAGCAAACAACUAUUGAAUGUAGCAUUUGUCAUAAGCCUGGUCACAAUAAGAGAACUUGCAAGUUUAGCUAUGUGGAGACAGAAACUUACCUAAAUGAACCAGUCUUGUGGCAAUCAACUACAUCAUCACAUCCUGAAAAAUUGCCGGUUAGAAGAGGAGAAUUAAAUGAGAAAUUUUUAAGUUGCAGUCCGUGGUUAGGUUCGCAAUGGAGCAGAAUUUCUCCUUUUUGCAGAAUUUUUCAUAUUCAUUUACUUAUUUUCCUUCUUCCAAGAAAUACUGGUUCUUGGAAGACAUCGUUGUUCCCAUGGUAAAGAGCACAUAAAUGAAUUUCAAGAUCACAGGGUUCUUCCCAUGAUAACAAUGUCCCCUCGCUGGUUCCAGGAGCAUUUUAGAAGACUGAAAAUCAACUAGACUCCAAGCUGGGUAUAAUCAAGAUCGCGCUUUUUUCUAAAUUUCCAAUAUAUUGCAUUGGGCCAAUGAAUUCGACUCAAAAGUCAGUUCAUUAUCUUGAAAAUACAGAAGGGGUGAUAUUUUAUGUAACUUACAUGAGUAUACAAUCAUUUGCUAGACUGCUAGUUUCUUCUCUCAGAGUAUCAACUAUUGAACAAAGGGGAUUAGUUAUUGCUCAACUUUCUUAAUAAAAUCUCUUGUUGCAUAGAA